AUGGCAAAUCCAACUGCAGGCUGUGCGAGUACUAUUAGAGAGGUGGUAAAUGAAGGCUAUAGCGACAUAAAACAUAUUAGUACCGCUUUACAGAAACAUGAUCAAUCUGAAGAGCACAAAUUCGCGUCGUUAAAAUUAAAAUUACUAGGAAAACGAAGUCAAACUAUACAAAAUUCUCUUAAUUCGGCUUAUCGUGAAAAUAUUUUAAAGCAGAAUGAGAUAAUUAAAGAAAAUAGGGACAUUAUUAGACGUUUAAUCGACAUGAUAAUUUUCUUGGGUACACAGGAACAAGCAUUACGGGGACAUGACGAAUCACAAAAUUCUCUUAAUCAAGGGAAUUUCAAAGAUAUCAACAAAAUUAUAUCACAAAUAAUAUCAGCAGAAAUUAAACAAUCACCUUGCUUCUCCUGGCAGGUCGAUGAAACCACUGACAUCCAGUGUUUAUCGCAAUUAUCCGUAAUUUUUAGAUACGUAACAAACGGUAAAAUUGUAGAACGUUUUAUGGGAUUUUUCAAUGAUUUUGAUCUUGCAAAUAAGUUAAUAGGACAAACGUAUGAUGGAGCAUCUGUUAUGUCAGGGGAACUGAAUGGUUUACAAUCAAAAAUAAAAAAUGUUGCUCCUCAAGCACUUUUUAUACAUUGUUAUGCCCACAGAAUGAAUUUAAUUUUACAAGACUCUGUCAGUAAAAUAAAGGAAUGUCGAAUUUUUGUUGCUAAUGUGAACGUUUUGGACGAAGUGGGUACCGCACGAAUACCUAGUGGUUCAGAUACGCGAUGGAAUUACAAAUCUCGCACAAUUAAUGUAAUUAUUAAUGAAAGAUCCGAAUUGUUGGAAGUAUUUGAAUAUAUUUUAAAUAGCGAUGAGUUUUCUAGAGAUCAGGAGUCUAUCAGAGCGGCAGUUGGAUUCAAAAACAUGAGACUAUAUAAGGAAAUAUUAGAUUUAAUUAUGAAUCAGAUUGAUAUUAGAUUUAAAGAUUUAGAGUUUUUAGCUUUUUUGGACUUACUAGAUAAAAGUAAAUUUACUUUAUUUAAAAAGAAGUUUCCUCACGAUUUAUUAGAUUUGUUAUUAAAGACUUAUCCAAAAUUAUUCAUAAAGAAUAUAUUACAAAAUGAACUACAGGUCUGGUAUUCCGAUCCAGACAUAUUUGGUAAUUCAUCUAAUUAUUCAGAUAUUACAGAAUGUAUUUACACAAAUGAGUUACAAAGUGAUGUUCCAGAAAUUUAUAAAUUAUUAUGCGUUGCAUUAUCAUUACCAGCUAGUUCUGCGUCGGUGGAAAGGAGCUUUUCUACUCUUAAGCGCAUCAAAACAUUCAGUAGAAACUCUAUGGAUCAGUCUCGAUUAAGUAAUUUGGCAACAAUCGCUAUUGAAAGGGGUUUAGUAAAAUAUUUGCAAGAUAAUUUUGAAACUUCGAAAUUUUAUGAUAAUGUUAUAGACCAUUUCGCCCUCAGUAAAAAUAGACGAAUUGAUUUAAUCUACAAGCAGUAG